GCCAGCACCUUCUUCAAAUUAACUAUAAAAGUUUCUUCCAGCAACAACAUCUUCAAUCUUUCAACAUUGUUGAUCUUUUAAUUAAUUCCAUUCAUUAUCCUUUAGUUCUCAAAUCACAACUCACAAGAUUUCUCGACUGCUAACACUUGAUGGAUUCCAAUUAGUGUGCUUGGGUUGCUUGAAUUUUCAAUUUGAGAGUAUUUGAGCAAUUUCAGGUCGGCAAGGGACAAAUCAGUGGAUUCCGAAACACUUGUCUUCUUCUUCAAUCUUAUUUCUUUAUUGCUAUUUGGAGAAAGCUACGUGCCAAACAUGGUCAUUCUUGGGUUUUUGUCCAUUGUAUUGUCUCUAAUUUUAGGACUGGGCUUGGCCUUUGUGAUCAUCCAUCGUUUUCUCAAUAGAAAUGAACCUGCAAAUUUACCUAAUGGAACCAUGGGAUGGCCUCUCUGUGGUGAGACUCUUGCCUUUCUCAAGCCUCAUAGAUCAAACUCCAUGGGCACCUUCUUGCAACAACGCUGUUCAAAGUAUGGGAAAGUUUUCAAAUCACAUCUCUUUGGUUCUCCUGCUAUAGUUUCUUGUGACCAUGAGUUCAACUUGUUUAUCCUUCAGAAUGAAGAGAAGUUGUUCCAAGCCAGCUAUCCUACAGCCAUGCAUGGCAUUCUUGGGAAGUUCUCAUUACUGCUCGUCUCCGGUGACCUUCAUAAGAAGCUUAGAAGCAUAGCCGUAAGCUUCAUUGCGGUGUCAAAGUCGACCCCCAGCUUCCUUCACUGUGUGGAAAAGUUUGCUAUUUCAAUGAUGGAAUCAUGGAAAGAGUGUAAAGAAGUUACCUUUGAUAAAGAAGUUAGAAAGUUUACACUCAAUCUCAUGGUGAAGACUCUUAUGAGUAUUGAACCAGAAGAGCCAGCAGCCUCCAAGAUACUGAAAGAUUUUCGAACUUACAUGAAAGGGUUCGUGUCUUUGCCAUUAGACUACCCUGGAUCUCCUUACAGCAAAGCAGUAAAGGCAAGAGCGAGACUUUCUUCCACUGUGAGAGAGAUUAUUAAAGAAAGAGAAAAGGAGAUCAAUGCGGGGCUAAAAGUAGACUUUUUGGAUGUUAUUUUAUCGAAACGUAGGCUAACCGAUGAAGAAACUGUAAGCAUUGUUUUGGACAUCUUGCUUGGAGGCUAUGAGACAACCUCGACACUCAUUUCUCUAAUUGUUUACUUUCUUGGACAUGCACCAGCUGCUUUGGAAACCUUGAAGAAAGAACAUGAAGCUAUAAGAAGAAGCAAAGAGGAUGGCAAACCCUUGGACUGGGAAGAUUACCAGAAAAUGGAGUUUACCCACAAUGUUAUAUCAGAAGCUAUGAGAUGUGGGAACGUUGUCAAGUUUGUCCACCGUGAAGCUCUUCAAGAUGUCAAAUACAAAGAAUAUUUCAUUCCUUCAGGAUGGAAAGUGUUACCUGUGUUUACAGGAGCACAUUUUGAUCCAUCCCUUCAUGAAAAUCCUUUCGAGUUUAAUCCAUGGAGAUGGACUGAUAAAGCGACAAGCAAAAAGGUGGUGCCGUUUGGUGGUGGACCUCGGCUAUGUCCAGGGGCCGACCUAGCUAAAGUAGUGACUGCAUUCUUCCUCCAUCAUCUUGUCCUAAGUUACAGAUGGAAAACAAAAGCAGAUGACUUUCCUGUGGCUUAUCCUUAUGUGGAAUUCCGGCGAGGCUUGCUUUUGGAGAUUGAAGCAGCUCAGGCCAUGAUGGGAAAGGAAGGUUAAUGCAUGUUGAAAGAAAUUGUUAAUUGGGCAUCAGAUUUUUUAGGGUAUUAUUUAGAUUAGUGUAAUUAGUCAACUGUAAAAGGAAGAAAAUGAAGUGCUUAAUUAAGAAUUUAAGAUGAAGCAAAUUUCAUUAUAUGGAAUCUCAACGAUGCUAUUGCUAGCUAGCGAUUU